AUGCCGAGCCAGUGUAAACCUGAAAUGAGUCACACACUCAUUUACAGAGAACUGCAGAGAGGAAAUAGUGAUGUAUGUCAGAGAGGCAGAGAAAACAUCGAGACAGAGAUCUUUUCUCCCUCCCUGUCGUUCCGCCCACCCUCUCUGAGAACCAGCAGACAGGCCGCGGCUCCUGGACCACCGGAAGUCAGUGGAUCCUCCUCGCCCUCUCCGGACCCCGACAGCACCUUCCCUUCUCGUUUGCGCCGGCACGGCGACCCUGAAAAGCCAAAGGGCAAGCGGCAGUGUAAGACCAAGCACCUCGGCCAACAGGAGCGCAGGAUGCUGUUGCAGUCGGCCAAUGAGGAGUGCCCUGAACUUAGCCCCGCCCACCAACACAAGGUGGUGAAGCAUUCCGCUCAGAAGCGGCCAGCAUCUCUUUCCGAUUACGAAACUUCCCCGGUCAAACCAUGCCCCCCUUCUCCUGCCUACCAGCCCGCGGCACCCCCAACCCCUCCAUGCGCCGUUCCGGAUGCACCAGUACCUCCGGUCGCCCCCACACCUCCAGUGUCAGCGGAGCCACCAGUCAGCAGGCCCAUGCCGCCCGAAGCACGCAGACUCAUCGUCAACAAGAACGCAGGCGAGACUCUACUACAGCGAGCAGCGCGGCUGGGAUAUGAGGAGGUGGUUUUGUACUGUCUGGAGAAUAAAGUGUGUGACGUGAAUCAUCGGGAUAAUGCGGGUUACUGCGCGCUCCACGAGGCCUGUUCCCGUGGCUGGCUCUCCAUCGUACAGCACUUACUGGAGCACGGGGCCGACAUCAACUGCAGCGCACAGGACGGCACCAGGCCUCUCCAUGAUGCUGUGGAAAACGAUCAUCUAGAUGUGGUCCGACUGUUGCUGUCAUAUGGCGCCGAUCCGACAUUAGCCACCUACUCGGGCCGUGGUUUGCUAAAGAUGACCCACAGCGACAUAAUGGAGUGUUUUUUGUCUGAUUACUUUGCCGACCUGCAGGGCAGAGUGGACGAUGACCCUGGCGUGUACUGGGAGUUUUACGGCAGCGCAGUGUGCGAGGCUGCUGAUGACUCGUCUGGUUACGAUAUCUUGGCCAACCCACCUGGACCCGGCGAAGACGAGGACGAACAGAGAGAAGUUUUCGAAUUCGAGUUCUCCGAUCGACCGCUGUUGCCGUGCUAUAACAUCCAGGUGUCUCUCUCACAGGGACCUAGAAACUGGUUGCUGCUCUCGGAUGUCCUCAAGCGCCUAAAGAUGUCUGCCAGAACUUUUCGCGCCACAUUCACACACAUCGAGGUAGUGACGAUAGCCGAGGCGGAAUUCUACAAGCAGGCGUCUCUGAGUCAGCUGUUCUCCUGUCCCGAGGAGCUCGAGGGAUUCUUGCCAGACAGCAAGGAACUGUUGGAUCUGGUGGAAAUCAGUGCCGAACUGGUGGCGCUGCUGGGGUCAUCGCUCGAAUGCUUGGACAACCGCUGGGAGCCAGCAUCCAGACUUCGCUCGUGAGCCUCUGCACAUGCUCUCGACUCUCGGACAGACCCUUAGAGAGCCAUGGAGGACUAUAUGCAGAGGGAAAGGAUAUUUCAAUGCGGUUCUCGACAUUUCAAGGAACUUCUGGACUGGUUGCCAAAGGCGAAAUUCGAUCCCUGUGCAGCUGAUCUUUUUGUUUGGCUUCGAGAAGAUUUUGGAUCUUCUCGACAUCUCUUACACCCUGCUCGCAUACUAAUUCUCCUGGUGACGAUGCAAACCUGUACAUAGUGUACAUUCUGCAGAAAUCGAAAGAGAACGGACCUGAGGUUUGGACUGCUAUCUCUGGCUAACUAUGAGAUAUGAAGCCAUUCUCGCUACGAGGAUCUCUUUCGUUUAAAAGAGAUGUUUUCUAAAUAGGAAUAUAAGUAUAUAUACAGUCACUGUAUUUUAUUUGUGUGUAUUAUAUAUAGAUAUAAAUAUAUAUAUAUAAAUAUAAAU